UCGUCAUCAUCCUCUAUUCUUCUUCUUCUUCUUCUUGCUAAAAAAAAAAGAAUCAUUAUCCAUCCAUUGAUUGCUCUCAUCUCCGGCCGCCGCUUUGUACAAGAAAGAAAGAAAGAGGAGCGGAUGGGGAUGAGCGCGCUCGUCUCCGGCCAGCCGGCGCUGCUAUGCCCCAAGCCCUCUUGGAGGAGCAGCGCUAGGACUAGGACUGUGAGAGCACCGGCCGCCGGUUCUGCUUCUGGCUCUGCCUCCGCUGCAUACCCUUCUUCUUUCUCCCCAACGGCGCCAUCCCUGUCUCUGGGACCCACCAAGGAUUUCACAUGGCGGCGCACCGGCACCGCAAGAGCCAUCAUCCCCCUUCUCCACGCGCUGCCCCCUCCUCAGGACGCACAAGACGACGACGGCACCGCAUCCUCCUCCUCUCUUGCUCUUGCUCUUCAAAAGGAGGAGGACAAUGCUCUCUCGUUCAGCCGCCUUUAUCCUGGGACUGUCGGCAUCGACCUCAUUCUUCUAGCCCUGCCUGCAGUCUUAGGCCAGGCCAUCGACCCCAUGGCACAGCUCAUGGAGACCGCGUACAUCGGUAAAUUAGGUGCUCUGGAGCUAGCGUCAGCUGGUAUUGGCGUCGCUAUUUUUAACAUCCUAUCCAAGAUUUUCAACAUCCCCUUGCUGAGCAUAGCAACCUCAUUUGUGGCCGAGGAUAUUUCCAAGAAUGCUACCAAGCAUUCUACUUCAGGCAAACUGGAGCUGACAUCUGUGUCAUCGGCUUUGGUUCUAGCUGCUGCUAUUGGUACAAUCGAAGCAUUGGCAUUGUUCCUAGGAUCAGGAUUGUUUCUUAAACUAAUGGGCGUCUCACCUGUCUCUCCGAUGUAUACAUCUGCGCGGCUGUUUCUUUCGCUGAGAGCCUUAGGAGCACCUGCAAAUGUGAUUAUGUUAGCAGUGCAGGGUAUCUUUCGUGGAUUCAAGGAUACCAAGACUCCCGUGCUUUUUAUAGGUUUGGGGAAUCUUUCUGCUGUGGUCCUUCUUCCGCUACUUAUAUAUGGUUUUAAGCUUGGUAUAACAGGAGCCGCAAUUUCUACAGUCGCAUCCCAGUACAUUAUUGCCAUUUUGCUUAUGUGGUCUCUAAGUAAAAGAGCUGUUCUGCUUCCUCCAAGGAUGGACCAGUUAGAGUUCGGUGGAUAUUUGAAAUCUGGUGGCAUGCUAUUGGGAAGAACCCUCUCGAUACUGUUAACUAUGACCAUCGGUACAUCAAUGGCUGCUCGACAAGGCCCAACAGCUAUGGCUGCUCAUCAGAUUUGUUUGCAAGUAUGGCUUGCUGUAUCUUUGCUUGCAGACGCUUUAGCAGUUUCUGCCCAGGCUCUGAUAGCAAGCUCUUACGCAGUAUUGGACUACAAAAGGGUCCAGAAGGCAGCAAUGUUUGCUCUGCAGAUAGGGCUAGUUAGUGGGUUAGCUUUGGCAGUUGGCCUGUAUAUCUCAUUUGGCAGUAUAGCAAGGCUAUUUACCAACGACCCUCAGGUCCUAACGGUCGUGAGCUCCUGUGCAUUGUUUGUCUGUGCUAGUCAACCAGUUAAUGCCUUGGCAUUCAUCUUUGAUGGUCUCCAUUACGGUGUCUCAGAUUUUGAUUAUGUCGCUCAAGCUACGAUUGUGGUUGGGGUGAUAUCAUCGUUGGUCUUGUUAUAUGCUCCACGUGUCUUUGGCCUGGCCGGAGUUUGGGCUGGUUUGACAACACUCAUGGGACUGCGCAUGGCUGCAGGCAUCCUGAGGUUGCUAUGGAAAUCAGGACCUUGGUCAUUUUUACACGAGGAACCAGAAACCAAGGCGCAGCCACUAGCAUCAUAAUAAUUUUAUGAUGAGACAGCGCCAGUUGGGUGGUAGAGGGAGCUGGCAUGCAGAUGCAGCUAAGGAAUGAAGAAGCACAAGCAUCAUAACCAAGGAGGGAUCAACUUGAUAAGCUAAUAGGAUUGUGAUUGGUUUAGUCACUUUUGUGCAUGUAUGUAUUUAUAUGUAUGUAAAGUAUAGGAGGAGUAUUUCAUUUUAUGUUGCCAGCAUUUAUCCAUUUAUUUGUUUAUUCUAGCUAUGACCAUUUCUGAUGAUAUGUAUAACAUGGAAGAAAUGUGAGUUCAAGU